UCGAUCUCCAAGAAGCCAUUAGCCUUUUAAGAGAGAGAAAGAGAGAUAUUUCAAGAGAGAGAGAGAGAGAGAGAGACAUUUGGGGUGGCUUUAAAGAUCGAGUAGCUGUGAGGUGAGAAAGCAUUUGGGGGAGGCUCGAAUUGGUCGACAUUUAACGGAAUCAAAUGGAGUUGCAGGCCUAGACUCUGAACAAACAACUUUUUGUUCUCCGUUUUUGUGAGGGAAUUAAUUCUUUUUCUAGUGUGAGGAGAGAGAAAAUGACAGAGACGAAUGAGCUUCAGCUUGGUGUGUUUGGAGCCCUGAGCCUUUCAGUUUUGUCAUCAGUUGCCAUUGUCAUAUGCAAUAAAGCCCUUAUAACCUCUCUUGGCUUCCCCUUUGCUACAACCCUCACUAGUUGGCAUUUGAUGGUCACAUUUUUCACUCUUCAUGUGGCUCAACGCCUCAACUUUUUUGAACCCAAAUCUACAGACACGAAGACUGUGGUGCUCUUUGGCUUGCUUAAUGGGGUUUCAAUUGGGCUCCUUAACCUUAGUCUUGGGUUCAACUCUGUUGGAUUCUACCAGAUGACGAAAUUAGCCAUCAUACCCUUCACAGUUCUCUUAGAGACCAUCUUUCUCAACAAGCAAUUCAGUCAAAAGAUUAAAUUUUCCCUCAUGCUCCUGCUUGUUGGAGUCGGCAUUGCGUCUGUUACAGAUCUGAAACUCAAUCUUCUCGGCUCAGUUCUCUCUUUGCUGGCGAUCGCGACAACAUGCGUUGCGCAGAUUAUGACAAACACUAUACAAAAGAGAUUGAAUGUUUCAUCAACCCAACUUUUGUACCAGUCAGCCCCUUAUCAAGCAGCCAUCCUUUUUGUGGCCGGUCCUGUUGUGGAUCAAUUCCUCACAAAGAAAUAUGUCUUUGCUUACAAAUAUUCCCCUGUUGUUGUGAUUUUCAUCAUUCUCUCUUGCAUAAUAGCAGUAUCUGUCAACUUUAGCACUUUCCUGGUGAUAGGGAAGACAUCUCCUGUGACAUACCAAGUGUUGGGCCAUCUCAAGACAUGCUUGAUUCUCACCUUUGGCUACACCCUUCUUCAUGAUCCCUUCACAUAUAGAAACAUUUUGGGCAUCACAGUUGCCAUAAUUGGGAUGGGUCUCUACUCUUAUUUCUGUGUAUAUGAAAGCAAGAAGAAGCAAAGUGAGGAGCCAUUACCAGCCUCUCAAGUGCACAAAGAAAGAGAAACCAUGCCAAUUGUGGUAACUGUGAAUAUGAACUUGCUCCCUAGUGAUAAGCAUGCACAGCUGAUUCUUUGAGAAGACAUAUGCUCACAAGAUAUUCAAUUUAUUUUUCUUCUUUCUUUUUCAAUUUGUUUUUGUUUUCCUACAUUUUAUUUGUUAUUACAUAGAAAAAAGAAAAAAAUAAAACAAAAGCAGUUUCCUUUUCUUUUCUUUUUUGUUCCUUUUGUUGUGCUAGAACUAUGAUUCGUACAAAUUACAAGCAAUGGAAUU